GGAGAGAAACUCUGUCUGAGAAAAAAGGAGCAGAAGCAGACAGCGUCGAAGCUAUACUAGCUAUACUAGCUACACUAGUUACGCUACGCUAGCUUACAACCUAUAGCGUUGUGGGUGGGUGGAUUGUGGUGGUGGAUGCCCCUUCAGUGUCCGGCGCGCCUCCGAGAAGCGUGCUUCGGUUUUCCAAGAAAGAAAAUCCUUUUUUCCGUAGUGAAUGCUGUUGACAGGAGAGUGAGUAAAUUUUAUAAAAUAAAAUUUAAAAAAUAAAAAAAUUUAUAUGAGAAAAAAGAGUUGUUUGAUUAUUGAUAAUUACACCAAAGUGCCAAGACAAAAACAUCUUUUUAAAGUGGUUUAAAAAGUAUUACUUGUCAGGUGGGUGUUUAAUAAUAAUUACAUACCAUGUGGAAUCACCUGAAUGUUAAUUCAGAGUGUUGGUGAUACUCGUUGAGAUAAGCAGUAAAUAAAAUAUAUAUUGGAGAUUUGUUGGCGAAUAGACACCGGUGUCUCCCCGGUGAACUGGCGCGGGAGUACAUAGGUUUUUUUAAAUGCUGCAUAGUUCGGGUGUUAGGGCAGGUAGUGAAGCCUUAGUAAGUCACAGAAAGUGCCCUAGGAAGUCUCGUCGGCCUUAAAAGGGCUCUGGGAGUCUCUAUUUUAUAUUUUACCUUUUAGUUUGAUAACCAGUAGUUGUCAGUAGUAGUCGUGGGUAGCAAUUAUUGUUGUUGUUGUUGUUGCUAUUGUUGUUGUUAUUACUGUUACUAUUACUGUAAUAUACAAAAAAAAAAAAAAAAAUUAAUUAAAAAAUAUUAUAAAGAAGCACCCACGUAAAAAGGGUCUAAGAAGCAUUGGAUUGGAAGUACUAGAAACAAAUAGGGAAUUAGUCCUGGUGAAUGGCCGUAUUUUCGAAUCAGGAAGGCAGGACAACUAAUCACAAGUCCGUGAGUCCUUGGUAAUGGGGUGUUUAGGCGAUGAUGCCUUCUCCCCGUCGUCGUCCUCGAACGUCUUCAACGUUGUUGUCUGUAGCGUUACACCAACGUCCAAGCUUAGAAUUCAAGAGAAAGAGAAAGUAUCUGAAGAAGAGGAUUACCACCAGGAGCAACAACAGCAAACACAAGAAACAAGAGUUUCUGCUGGUAGAACCAAGUGUAACACCCACUGGAGGAAAAAUAAACGUGUGGACAAUAAUAAAAGAGUGGUGCGAGGCUGGCGGAGAAGAAUUUGGAGGUGACUCUCCGUCGAAAUGCUUGAGGUACGUCCGUCGAGGACAAGACAAUUGGAGGAUAACGCCGAAUUACACGGUGGUGAACACCUCCAACUGCUCGCUCGUGGACGCACAAAAAAUAACAAUAAUAAUAGUACUACUGCUAAUUCUACUACUACUACUACUACUAAUAAUAAUAAUAACAAUAUUCAUAAUAAUAAUAUUAAUAAUAAUAAUCAAAAUGUUAAUAGUAAUACUAAUGAUAAUUUAUUACGAAAAUUAUUGGUAAGAUCCGACGGACCGUACUCAUCUUCUAGCCUUCCUUUACUUCUCGUGCUUCUUAUUAGCUGCUUGAUUGUCUUGCCUAAUUGUGCAUUUGGACGUCAAUCAGCGCACCAUCAUCGUACGUGCCCUGGAUGUCCGCAUCAGCACGUCCACACAAUUCAUCGUAAAGAAAUAGGACCAAGCCCUGAUGAUUUACGACUUGAAGCUAUCAAACACCAAAUUCUCACGAAACUUGGACUCCGAAAUCGUCCAGAUGUCAAUAAAACAUUGGCACAAGUACCACGACAUCUUGCUCUUGAAACAUUAUAUCGUGCUGAAGCACAACCGUCACCUGACUAUCCUGAUAUACGGAACACCUUACACGAUAAUAAUAAACGUCAACACAACAAUGAUGAGUAUGGACAAUUUUUUUAUGCCAGUGACGAAUACUCCUAUAAUAGGAAUGUCAACCAGGCCGAGGAGUCGAUGACCGAGGGCGUGACAUCCACCGAGAGUUUUAGAGAAAGUGGAUACGAAGAUUAUCGGGGCACUGAUGUCGAGAUGGAUGACUUUUACGCAAGAACCUCUGAAAUUAUCACUUUUGCGGAACCUGGACGGACUUUGAAUGGCCAACCACUUCUGGAAUUUCCAAUGUCGAGUGGUGAACCAGCUUUGGAGCCUUUGAAAAUAAAACGUGCAAUCUUAUGGGCGAGGGUAGAAUUGAAACAUGUCCAUCAUUACCAACACCACCGGAGACAAAUCAAUCUAAGAAAUAUCACUUUAUGGGUGUUCAAAGUUCGAUGUGGUAACACAACUCAUUUGCGUGGCAAGGAAUUGAGUGAACACUUGGAAAUGGUGACAUCAUUAACCGUGAAUGUGGGCCAAUUGGGAUGGCAAAAAUUUGACGUUACAAAAAUUGUAAACAGUUGGUAUACGUCACAUAAACAUAUGAAAGAAAGGCUAACACUUCUUGUGGAUUGUACGGGUUGCAAUACUCACGUGCAUAUUUCCACUUUUAACGUUCAAGCGUCCCGCGUCGCUGGUUCGUCAAUCGACUCAAAAAAUGCUCAAGAUCCAGACCGUCCAUUUUUAGUUGUACGAACCGAUCCAGCUGCAAUCAAACGAGUAAGAAGACGUGCUAUAGAAUGUAGCGGCGCAUUAAAAGGACAGUGUUGCAAACAAAGGUUUUACGUCAGUUUUUCACAACUUGGCUGGGACGAUUGGAUAAUAGCGCCUCAAGGGUACUACGCAAAUUACUGCAGAGGUGAUUGUGCAGCUGGACAUCGUACGCCUGACACAUUUCUUAAUUAUUACACACACGUGAUCGAGGAGUAUAGGAAAAUGGAUAGACUGGCAGGAAUGCAACCAUGUUGCGCUCCUCUUAAAUUUUCGCCGAUGUCAUUGAUAUACUACGGUCCAGAUUCAAACAUUAUCAAACGAGAUUUACCUAAAAUGGUAGUGGAUGAAUGUGGUUGUCCUUAAUAAAUAAACAACCGUUAAUAAAAUAAGUUUAAACUAAUUUAUAUCAACAAAUUCAAAUAAUUCGUAUAAAACAAAGCAUUAAUAAACAAAAUAACGCUUAUUGAGCUAAUUUAUUAAAUUAAUUAAAUAAUUAUUGAGUAUUAUAUAUUAGAAAAUGAUUAUUUAUCUCGAUUUGUUACCUUAAAUGUUGAUUUUUUCAAAUGUUUGUUUUAAUGUGCAUAUUAAUUAAAUUAAAUUAUUUAUUAUAUAUAUUCAAUGCAUUGUGGACUUUGACGAGUUGAAUGAAUUUAAAAAUCUAGUUAGGGUAAUAAAAUCGAAUGUGCUAAAUUUUUACUUGGCCAUUACUUAUAUAUAGCUGAUAUAAAAGAGAAAAAACUAUUAAGAGUGAUUUCUGAUAUAAAAAUCAAAACGUAAAUUUAAAA